AUGCAACUGGCUGAAAAGGCGUCGCAAAAACGUCCUCUUUCUUUUUCCGAUGAUGCGUAUGAAUGGGAUAGCAUACGGGAUGAUGUUCCUGCGGACAUAAAAUGGAAUUCAAUGAAAUCUGUGCUGUGUGAAGACAGCGAACGACCGAUUCCGCGCAAUGACUUUUCUAUCGCUUGGGUGCCCAACGGCUAUGAGUUCUCCAGCGGUCGCCCUGCGAAGCGAAGAAAGAUGAUGGCUCCGCGCCCUCCUGUGGUUAAACCGAAGAGCACUUUCACGUGCGAGUUUUUGGAUGAAGGAGAUAAGGAGCUUGCUUCAAGCAUUAUCCAGAACGUCUCCUCCGCACCUGGAACAUUCGUGUUUGAAAGUGCGGAGAAGGAAGCUUUUACUCGUCUCAUACCAAUCCCAGCUGGCAUGUCGACAGACAAAGCUACUCAAGGCAAUUGGCAUAUGGAGGGAAAUGAUUGCAACUUGGAAACGCUGCUAACUUCUGUGGCUCCAAAAACUUGCAGGAUCUCAUUCCCAGCUUGGGGCACUCCACAACGUAAAGAUCGCAAAUACGAGACAUUGCAUGUGGAUCGCAACAUCAAAAUGGAAGAUAUACAAGCGGGCGAUGGACCACGCUCUUGGUCGAUUUUGGAAGCUCUGGUGAAGCGCCAGUUCGUAGAAAUGCCGUCUGAUUCGAGAUAUGCGGCAGCCAAAAGCAUUGUUCAAGUGCUGAAUGCGUUGCCUAAGCAGUAAGCUACAGAUUCAAAUGAUGUGUUCUUUGCAAGUGCAACCGCAAGGUUUCUGUAUGUAUUUUGGAAUCUGACUUCAUUGUUAUUUUUAUCGAUCUCGUCUAAUGACAGGUCAAAACUCAUUAGCAGAUAAGUUUCUUUGCUGCGUCUCUGAAUAAGUCACAUUUGCUGCAAUCAUGCAAGCACCUCUUACUUGUCUUGCUUUUUUAUAAGUCAAGGGAAUCUAUUUAUCUCCCAAUAUCCAUAUGAUUAGGUGUGUUUUGGUUGGAUACCAACCGAGUUGGAAUAGAUCAUCAUUACAGGGCC